AUGUCAAGCAAGUUUAAGACAGUAAGUUAUCAAGAUGAAAAUCAAUAUAAAAACUUCAAAUUAAAUUCAAUUGAAAUACCCGCUACUCCAGCCGCCAAUGCAAUUAAAUUAUUUAGAAAACAACAACAGCAACAGCAACACCAACAAGUGAACAAACCACUCAAUUUAAGAAGAAAGAUAUCACAUAGAUUCAAAGAAGAGUUUGACUUAUCAUCUUCUAAUAAUAGUAGUGACAAGAGUUCCAAUUUUAUGGAUGAAGAAAAUGAUGCUACUUUGAUCUACGAAAUUAUUAAUGAAUAUUUAGCACCCAUUAACAGCGCAUCAACUACAACUACAACAAGCAAAUCAAAUAAACCAACAGAUGAAAUUAAACAAAUUCAUGAGAAUAGAAUUCCAAAUCAAAUUGAUCAACAACAACAAGAAAACCAAUCUGCUAAAUUUGCUUCAUUACAUAAAGGAUAUCAUAAAUAUUUCGGUACACAUUUCCUUUCAUCUUCUUCACAACCAUCAAUACUAAAUAGUGGAGUUGGUGGUAUUAGUGGUGAUGAGAAUAGUUCUAGUGGGUUCAAAUACCAAUCAUUACCAAUUGAAGAACAAGGUUUAGUUGGUAUCAAGCCAGCUAAAUGGAGAAAAGUACGUCAAAAGAUUCAUGGGAAAUUAUUUCAUAGUCUGAAGAGAUCAAUUCAACAAGAUAAUAAUAAUCAUGUUAGUCAUGUGCAUGAGAUUCCUGAAAGUCUUGCUGAUUUAUUUACUGAUGAUGAUGAGAUUGAUAAUAAUAUUACUCACCUUAUAACACCAUCGCCUAAGAAGGUACGUAUGAGUACAGAACCAGAUUUAGAGUCACCUUCCAGAAAGAGUCAUAAUAUGAAGAAGAGGAAGCAAAAGAAGAAGAAGAGGGAUAAGAAGAAUAAACAAAAUGAAGAGAAUGAAGAAAUGGUAUCUUUCAAAGAAUCACCUCGUAGAUCAUUAAGUAGAAGAAUGAGUGUAUUUGUUAGAAAGACUCCUCCUAAUAAUUAUUCCUAG